CUUCUGGAGCCUUUUCAUUGCCAUUCUAGUGUAAAACAAAGGAUCAGCUCAGGAAAAUCAAUUUCAGUUUUUAGAGCUUCGAGCAUACCACUUUCGGAUCGAAAUCAUCAAAGCCAGCAGCCAGCUGCAGGUAUGCAUCUAUUAUACUGCUUGCUUUCUAGUUUUUGUUUGUUUACUUGUUUCAUUUAUAAAACAGAUCCGGCAUUUCUACUUAGUAGUUCCCAGCCACUCCCUUUUUUCUUCUCACAGCUAGUAAGAUUACGUUCAUGUCUUCUUCUUCUUCUUCUAAGUCAAAGUCCAAGCCUUCAAAGUCUCGCCCCCACCAUCCUUCUUCAUCUUUGUCUGCUUCUUCUCACCCUCUUCAUGAAUUUGAAGAAAUAGUGUUUAACUCCGAUUUUCUCGAUGCGUCUUACUAUGAAAACUUCAUAGAAACGUGCUUAACCCUCUUGACAUCUGAAACCCACUUAGAAAUUCCCAUAACCCGUCCAGAUGCUGAGGAUGAUUUAAACAAUUAUUUUCUUCUAAAAUUAGUAUGGGGAAACUUUUCUAUCAAAGUAGUUGUUAAGAAAAGUGAUAUAUAUCUGGUUGCAUUUGCUUCAAAUAACUGUGUAUGGUAUUUCAAGGAUGUUAGCUUGAGUCUUAUGAAAAAAAUAUUUUCGUCCAAAGAGUACAAGUCUUUUGAUUUUCAUCACCUUGCUUUCGCGGCCUCUUAUGGUCAUCUUGAAUCGUAUGCAAAACUUUCACCUGAGAAAAGUAGGAUGGACUUUUCUCUAGGCUUGGCCGCAUUCAAUUCAUACAUUUGUGAACUCUCUGAGUUAGAUAGAACCGACCGUAGGAGGGAUUAUUUAAUAGCCCGAGCCUUUCUAGCCUUUAUCCAAAUGGUGCCAGAAUGUGUUAGAAUUAGAAAAUUCCAGCAACGCGUCGCCAGGGUUUUUCAACCUAACGAAGAUGGGGUUUUUCCUACGCUUCGCCCAACUGGUUUUGAUGUAAAAUGUCAGCUAAACUGGGAAACUAUGUCCGAAAGAACACUUGAAAUGAAGAAUCUGACAGACAAGUUUGAUAAACCUGUGGUUCUUGGCAGUGGUAAAGGUGAGACGGUGGAGUGUGCCGAUCAUGUGAAGCAACUUCUACACAUACUCAAGUCCAAAAAGCUUUCUCGAGGUUGACAGAUAAUAUAAUCUUCAAAGUUAAUCCGAUGGAUGGAGGUUGUCCAGAUUUAAAUCCAAGAUCACAGCUGGAAAUUGCAUGGGCCUUCAUGUACUCUCAUCGUGUUUAAUUUCUAUUUUUGGCAAUAUUUUUCAUUAGGUAUUAUGUUUUGCAUCAUCAGACUCUUGUGUUACAUUAAUGUAUUUUUCUAAUGCACCUUAAUUGCCGUGUCG